CCCUUGGCAGGAGAAAUCUCGCGAGGAGUACUUACCACAACCAGUCGGUGAAUGGAUUUAUAAAGUAGCGCCUCCGUGGUCCAGAAACAUGUGAAAGACGCAUCGACCUAUCUAGACCCACAACAAGCGUGGAGACUACUUUUCAACAGAUCAUGAGGGAGGAAGUAAGAGCCAGCAGGAUUAUAAUGUCCAUGAAGAACUAAACUAUGGCCGCCGUCCCGUGGUUUACUCUGGAGUUGUUGCGCACUUGACAACAUCUCCACACGCAGUGUGGUUCCUCGCGUGGUUAAAAACCAGUUACGUUUUGAUCGGAGAGCUGAACCAAGGUGCUACAACUUGAAGUCAGCGAAAAUGUCCUCGUUCCCGGUGGAAUAUCAGGAUUGGCUGCUGCUCAUCAUUACCUUCGGCUUCUUUGCUAUCGUCAUCCUCCCCUUCUACCUGACCGGGCUGCCUACCCCCGCCGCACGGAAACUGGGCCAGCACUUGCAAGCGAAGUUACUUGCGUUUUACACCCUUGCGUUCGUUGCGAACUUCGUGUUUCUUCUCCUGGUGUUGGCCAUUCUGCCGGACUGGAACGUCGGGCAAUAUUUUGAGUGGGUGGGAAUUGGGUUGGCGGAAAUCGGCGUGCAUUUGAAUGUUUUCGCCAGCUCGGGGCUGAUUCUCUUCGCGUUCUUUUUGCUUUUCAUCAUGCGGGAAAGAAUCAAGAUCCUGCUCGGCAUCGAAAACCAGGUUUUGGUCAGGUAAGUUCAUGAAUUUGGAUGUUUUGUUUGCGCGGCCGUGGAGCUAUUUCAGGUUCUUUUAUUCGGAAUGAAAAAUGUAAUUUUGUUUAUUCGAGAAGCACUACGUACGACUAGGACUACGACUAGUACAGUUAUCGUGUCAACAUAAUUCAUCUCUGCGACUCUCCUCUAUCAGAUUUAGCAUGAAGGACGUGUACGCCUGCUGCGGACUUGGGACAAGCGAACGGCCAAUAGAGGUAUACGUUUUCAAAGUCGAGGAGCUAUCCGCGUCAUCUAUCAUGAAAACGAACGACCUCUUCGUGGAACUCAGCCUCGCGAGCAACGAAAGGGUAAGGACGAGGGUGCACAAGAGUGCGGGAAGCGGGGCGGUAUACUACUAUAGUGCCUGCGAAGGAAAAGAUGCGUCUGACGUGUAGCAUACGAAUUCGUGGCGCGCCGGGGAGCUCAGUUUCAAGCGUGUUUCUGUUGCAUCAAAUAAUGUCGACGUUGUUUGUGUUUGUGCAUGAAAUUAUAGUAGAAUGAAAAACAAUAACAAAAAUUCCGUUAAUAUCAGGUCCUGAAAGAGUGUCUGCAGCUGAAUUUCGACCCCACUGAGGAAGAGGACAAGCUGCACAUCACCUGUCGCUCCCAAGAUCUGCUUGGUAGCAGCGAGAUCGGGUCGCUUGAGUUGAUAUGCGUUGCAAAUAUGUCUGGGUCUGGAAGGUUCUGAGACCUGUCAUGCACGUUUUGCAUGAGCCAUGAUGUCUGUGAUGCAUGCCCUAGCGUCACAGUUUUUCUGAGGGCUUCUUGAUGCCUGUUCCGCAUGACAAAUGCCCUUGCUGCGUAGCAAAAAUUAGACUCCUUUUGCUGCUCGUGCAAUACAGAUUUUUUUGGUAUCCAAAUGCAGCAUCACAAGUUCCAACCCUCCAGACCCAGACAUGUUUGCAUUCGAUAGUUGAGCUCUACGGACGUGAAGAGCAUCAUCGAGAUGGAUGACGUGCUAUCGUGAGGAAAAAUCGCCCCUCCCCAUAUCGAAAAGGCGCCUUUCAAAAAAUUUGCGAUGCUGAUUUGUGACCACAAAUCGUCUCUGUCUUGCAAGAACGGAACUCCACAGGCUCCGCCGCAUCCUGCAGGCGGUUUGUGAUGCUGUUGGCCGUGCAGACUAGACGUCUGCCAUGCUCGGCGCCUUGCCCAAAACCUCUCCGCUCAGGCUUCCUAUAGGCCUGCAGUCUUCUACAGCAAGACAAAUCUGAUGUGUGUACACAAAUCCAGCAACAGAAGCUUCCGCUUCAAUAUGGGGAGGGGGCUUCUUUCACUUUGAUAUGUGCAGCAGUUUAAGCUGUUUCCGCAGGGGAAGAUAUGGCUGUCGAUAGUCUACGUGGACGAAGAGGAAGAUGACGGGGUAUACAGAAACGGCGAAACAUGGAAGUGGCGGAGACUACUGAAUGCAUGCUGAUAGAUCAUGAAUAAAUGUUGAUAUGGGCCGCGAUAACAGGACGUCCUGUCUAGUUGUCAUCUUCAAGAGCUUACUUGUCACGUAUAGUGGCAAGGAUCCUGUUGAUGGUCGUACUGGUCGCAGCAUUUCUAUGAGUUUCGAAUUACUGCAUUGUACUACACCUUCCUGAUUUGUUGAUACUCGCUCGCGCAAUCGAAUAAAAUGAGACAAAAU